UCUAACCUACAUAAUUUCUUUUUUGAUCCUUUUAUUUUGCAAUGACCUAACCAUCUAGGGUCAUGAAGACACUGAAAAGUAUUGAGAAGUGUAACAAGCUGCCGAAGAGGUGGAAACCAGGUGAAGCACAUUUUAAUGCGGCAGCUCUUGGUUUGGAAAAUCAAAGACGGGAUACAAUUGUGGAGCAGACGUAUAAUAUGGCAGUGGAGAGGAUGUUUCUUAUUUCUCUUAAAAGAAAAUAUUCAGAUGGUCAAGCAAUAGCAACGAAAUUAUCGAAGCAAAUAAACAGAAAAACAAAUGCGAUCAAGAGUACGGUCACCAAGUAUAAUGCCUCCUUAGCUGCUUUGCAGGAAUUGGUUGAUGGAUUGCCCAAAGAGUUGAACUUUGACGAAGCUAAGGAUCCUGAGUCUAGUCUUUACAGAACAUAUUGCGACGAGAGUACUGUUGAGAGUGUCCCUUUUUCUGUGAAAAGGUCUGCAAUUGACCUACAAAAUUUCUUAGAUCGAUGCAAAGAGGAGCAGCAACUCUUGUUGAAGGAAAUGGAAAUGCUAUUUGACCAUUAUUUGAAAAGAAGAGAUUGUCUGGAAGAGAGUUAUCAACUUCACUCGCAGAACGACUGCAGACUUUCAAAUGGGAUUUGUACUGUGGUGAAAAGUGAAAUUUGCGAGACAAACAAUAUUUUGCUUUCCUUAGGAACCACAUUUCGUAAUCAUUUAGAUGCACCUAUUCUUGACACAAUUUCUGGGAUUACUGCUACAACAUCUUCUCAUCUGUCGACGUCCUUGUUCCAGGAGACUAUUGAAGAUGAUGAAAUCGCAGUUAUAGAAGAGCAGGUUAUAGAAGAUCUUGUUGAUUUGUUAGAUGGUGAAGAUGACGACGAUACUGCAGCUCAUUAUCAAAGUGAUUGUGAUGGUGGUAAUGUUUGAUGAACAUUCCACAACAUGAACUAGAACAAACUGUAAUAAUAGUGGUAUUCUAUAUGUAGCGAUUUAUGCCUAGAAAAUGUACAAAUGUGUUAGUUUACCUCAAUCCAGCGACAAUGAGUGGGUGGCACCCCAUGAUACCCCUGCCAUUGAGCAGUUAAUACGGAACUCCUUCCGGGGGACUGGAAGCCCUGGUUAAAAAUAUUCUGCUAAACGUUUCUGGCAUGGUGUCGCAACGGUGUCGCUUAUGCAAUAGUGACAUUAUGUUCAGAAACCAUUUGAUUCGAGCUUUGAAAUGU